UAAAUUACAUAUAAUUUGUCGGCGAGUGUAUCGGUCAAGUUGUUAAUUGCUCUGUGAUUUUUCAACAUUUCCAAACAGAAAUAGUUAAUAUUUCUGUUAAAUUCAUUUCAAUUUUUAUUUAUUGGCUUGAUUCCCAUAAGCAUCCGAGUACAAUCAUUUGUGCAAAAACUCGGAUUGAUUGAUAAUAAUUCCAAUAAAGCUAAAUAUAUUUAAAUUCCUGAUACUCGACUAAUUUCCGUUUUUUAAAACUGAAUAUUUAAUAACAACAACUACAAAAAAUGGGGAACGUUUUCGCAAAUCUGUUUAAGGGACUCUUCGGUAAAAAGGAAAUGAGAAUAUUAAUGGUCGGUUUAGAUGCCGCUGGUAAAACCACAAUUUUGUACAAACUCAAAUUAGGUGAAAUUGUUACAACGAUACCUACCAUUGGUUUCAAUGUCGAGACUGUAGAAUACAAGAAUAUUAGCUUUACAGUGUGGGAUGUGGGCGGUCAAGACAAAAUUCGUCCAUUAUGGAGACAUUACUUCCAAAAUACACAAGGUCUAAUAUUUGUCGUUGAUAGCAAUGACAGAGAGCGUAUCGGUGAAGCGAGGGAAGAAUUGAUGCGUAUGUUAGCUGAAGAUGAACUCAGAGAUGCUGUUUUACUCAUUUUUGCUAACAAACAGGAUCUGCCAAAUGCUAUGAAUGCGGCUGAAAUUACUGAUAAACUUGGUCUACAUUCGCUAAGAAAUCGCAACUGGUAUAUUCAAGCGACGUGUGCAACUAGCGGCGAUGGUCUCUACGAAGGUCUGGACUGGUUAUCCAAUCAACUUAAGAACGCCAACCGUUAAGAAAAAUGAACUUUUGAUUUUAAAUAUAAAGUAAAUUUAAUGAAAUUUUCAAUAAAAUGAAACAACAAAUAAACCACAAACACAAAAGUACAUUUAAAUUCAAUUUCGGUUUUGAGAGAAUUAAGAGAAAAAAAAUACAAAAACAACAUAUGAAAAUCGUCGCUCUAAAAACAACAACAACAAAAUUUCAAAUAAAUUAUAAUAUAAAUUUAUUAAAAUCAUAAAUAAUAAUACCGCUGAUA